UGGACAUUUUCAGUGACAUCUCAGCCAACAGUUUCUUGGACCUUCGAGGUUAUUCAAUAUCGAAAUACAUCGGAGGAAUUAUGACUCAGUGUUGCGAAAAUAUCUCGAAUACCGUUCCUGCUUUCCUGUUUUUUUGUGUCUAAAGUGAAUGGUAGUGUCUAGAAAGGGUAUGUCCCUUCAGGAGAGAGGUGCCAAUGUCCAACCGGCCUAAUUCCAAUCCAGGGGGGUCACUGCGCCGUUCACAGAGGAACACUGCUGCGGCCCAGCCACAAGACCACACAGUUGCAGGAAGGUUGCAGUCAGAGCAAGUUAAACACAAAGCAAAUUCCCCUCCCGAAAGUAGAAGACCUAAUUCUAAGGCUUCCAAAGCCGCAGCCAGCUCAGCCAUUGGCCAGUCCAGAGGGCACAGCUCAAGAAGAAGCGGUCUGUCAGUGGCUUCAUUUGUGUUGCAAGACGACCCGGAGGCAGCAGGGACAUCCGAACAAGAGCGACCAGGCCAACAGUCAAAGAGUGAAGGCCCCCGAGGGCUAAAGCGAAGCGAGGCUCCGGACCAAAUUAGUACCUUCGGACCUACCCCUGCCAAGAAGCCCAAAGCACUCCCAGCACCCAGAGACAAUACCUCUGAGACCAAGAAAGGACCAGCGAAGUCCAAGAAGCGAUCACUCGCUUCAGAACCACCUGCAUCGUCAGGUCGAGGCCAGAGCAAGAAGAGCGGGGCCGCCGGGGCCUCACCAAUCCCGAAACGGAAGAAAGCGGACUCCCUCCCCGGUCUAAGUAGCACCGCUGGGCCCCUCCCCAAUCGUACCGAGGGCAGAACUGCAAAACCCACCAAGCUGGCGUCAAAAUCGGCCGCCUCAGCCAAAGCUGGGUGUAGCAACGUGACGGACUCCUCCUCUUCUGCCUCCACCUCUUCCUCUUCUUCCACCGCAGGCACCAACAGCGCCACCACGCAGGGCGCCAGAGUCAAACAGGGAAAAGAUCAGACCAAGGCACGGCGCUCUCGCUCGGCCUCCAGCCCCUCCCCACGCCGCAGUACCCGUGACAAGGAGCAGGCCAAGGCCGCCAGCUCUUCCAAGUUCGAGUGGGCAGCUCGCUUCAACCCCAAAGUCAACCUGCCAAAACCCAAACUGUCCUUACCCGGAUCCUCCAAACCUGAGACCUCCAAACCUGGGCCAUCAGGAUUACAAGCUAAACUAGCAAGUGAGUCACAUUACCUGUGUUUGGAUCCCCUCUGUGAAUAAUAGAAAUCCACAGUG